GCAUGAGGAGUGAAUUUUACUUUUAGUUUUAGUGAAUUUAGUCGCUAUUCCUCUUGACAAACUUGUUUUACAGUGAUAUAGUUCAAUAAACAUUAGGUCGUGCACUUGACUGUAUGUUACAUGAAAGGAUAAAAAAGUAACUAGAAAUCUUCCCCCUUUCUGUCCUGAAAAAAAAAAGCUCUUCACUCCCAUUCUAUUUUCCCUUUAACAACAAUUAAUUAAUAAACUCAAGCCAGCCCAAGCGGAUUUCUUGUUUCGUAAAAUUAUACUAACCCUAAUCAUACAUUUUUAGAGAAUUAACAAAUAGUUACUUCCAUUUCUAAAGAGCAGUUUGGGUAUUAAUGCGCUCUCUUGGAUACCAACAAAACAAGUGACUUAAAAUAAGAAAAAUAGAUAUGGUGUCAACGUUUUAAAUAUUGAUAUCGACUUAUUUUAUUACUAAUAAGAUCCAUUUUGGAUCGAGAAAUGAACAUAUUAUAUUGUAUUUUAUUAAAUUUCUUGGAACUAUUUAUGUCCUUCUGAAAGGCGCAGUACCACAUUGUUUAUGAUGAAGUAAAGUGGCGCCUUUCAUUUUUUUUCCUAUUGACUAAACGGUGAAAGCAAUAUCGAGUUUUUAUAAUGUAUAGGGUCUUUUGAUAGUCAAACAAAUGUGCCAAGGAUGUCUUCGAACGAAGUUGUAAAGACCGUUGCCAAAAAGUUGAAAUACUACUUUGAGAUCAAGCGUCUAGAGGAUGGCUUUGAUUUAUCAGAUGUGCACCAACCCCAACUGGAUCACCCUCCUUUGAAAGCGCGUCCAGCACUUCAGUAUGAGGGCCUCCAUGACCGUGCCCUCAAGCACUACUUCAGCCAGCCUGAGGUGCGCGUGCAGCUCACACAGAUGCACGGGCCAAAUGGAAGGGGCACAUUGCAUGGGCGGAGGGAGCAACAAGUUCGCAAGAUGCUGGACAACUACAUGAAACAUUACUCCUUCCAGGAAGAGUUUCUGAAUGCCUCCCCAAGAAAACGUCCGGCCAGCCCAAAGAAGAACACACUGCCCAGCUGCUACUACUACCACACACCCAAGGGCUGUAAGAUGAACACCAAAGCCACUGGAGUCCUCCAUAGAGCCAAAAAACCGAAAAAUCUGAUUGGAGGCUGGCCUACCCUGAGGUCUGUCCCAGACCAGCACAUCUCCAGAGGGGAGGCCACCAGGCUGGUCAACUCAGCCACCAAGAUUCUUGUGGCCUCAGCGGUUGUGGACCAGGUAGACAAAACCAGAGCCCCUAGCGAGAGUAAGACUGGCCAGUCUGCCCCAAGACCUCGUAAGGGAAGCAGACGACCUGCAACGGCCAAGUACUCCUGGGACUCCCACAAGAGCCAGGCGGGCCGUGCCAGACCAAAGGCCUAUGAUGACUCCUACAUCGAUAAACCCAGAGCCACUUCAGCCCAAUCUCGGCCAAGAUCACCAACUCCAUCCCAGAGCACAGCAACAACCACGUCAGCGACAACUGCCACAAGCACGUCCACCGAUGAUCACCCACCCGUGCGGCCGCAGUCAGCCAAGUACCGAUCACGCACAGUCAUCAAUGUGCCACAGCGCAGGGCCCAGGAGGAAGUGGCUGUGAUCAGGGCUACUCAGACGGCGGCUGAUUUUGACGUGGGAACCAAGCAUGAUCGGCAGCUGCUGGAGAAAUAUGACAAGCUGGAGGAGGAGGUCGAUGAUGGAGCAUGGUGUGAGUACCAGGUCUAUGUCUGCACGGGCACGCGUAUUGGCUCCAGCACAAAGGCACCCAUCAAGCUGACAAUGUACGGGGAGAAGGGCAGAACAAAGGAGUUCAUUCUCAAUGACUCCAAACGCCACAAAAUCCCAUUCCAGAAAGGGAAGGAAGAUCUUUUCAUGCUGGCGGCGCAUCACAUUGGUAGGAUCAGGAGAAUACAGAUUGGCCACGACAGGCCUGAGCUAAGCUAUGCAUGGUAUCUGGAAGGGGUCACUGUCUACGACAUGCAUGCAAGGAGGAUUUUCCAGUUCCCCUGUGAACAGUGGCUUUCUGGACAGGCCGGGGAUAAGAAGACAUACCGUAUGCUUCAAGUUGAUCGUGAGAGAGAGUUUAUUGAUGCACUGGGGGAUGAAGCUGGCUUGGAGAAGUCCACGAGAAAACACAGAUACUCUGCAGAGCCAGAAUCAUCGACACCCAGUGAGGCGUUCCGGUACCAGCCGAAAGGAGAGGACAAUGUGAGCACACGGGUGCGACCGGGCGAUGACUACAGCGACACCGACAGCUCUGACAGCUCUAGCUCCGGCCGCUCACAGGACGCCGAAGUUCCUGUCAAUGAGCAUGGCUCUACGCCACGGCAGAAGAAAAAGGUGGCUAAGGACGACUACGAGGAGAAGACACGGGCUGGGACUGUGAUAACGCUCCAUUCUGCCACUGACUCCCAGCAAGUGGACGAGAUCUUCAUGGAGCCCAAGGGACGAGCCGCUAAUGCCAAGUCUGGCUCUGAUUUUCUAGAGGGAUAUAAGACAGCACUAUCUGCAUCAGAAGCUGAGAAGAAGAGAGGGCUUGAGCGAGAAAGAGAGAUGGAGCGAGCAUUGCUCCAGGGCAAGAGUAUUCACGAGGCAGUGCGGGAUGGGGAUGUGGACAGAGUCAAGGAUCUGCUGCACCAUUUCCCUGAGAUGAGAGAUUUUAAAGACGAGAGCAGCUGGACACCUUUGCACCUCGCAGCUGCCAGAGGAAACAUCGAACUUUUGAGAUGGCUACUGACCAGUGAGGCGGACAUCAAUGCAGAGACGUCCACAGGCUACAACGCUAUGCACAUUGCUGCCAUGAAUGGCCAUGUCAGCUCCAUGAUGUUGCUUCAGGCGAUGGGAUCCUCCAUAUUUGGCUUGACAGCAGAGAAACAGUCGGCUCUGCACUUGUCUGCUAAGAGUGGUCAUCUGGAGUGUGUCAAGUGGCUUGUGGCCAACCGUGCCUCUCUGCCAGCUGAGGAUGCCUUCGGUCGCACGGCUCUCAAGUUGGCCGAGGAGUUCCGUCACGAUGCCUGUGCUGACUUCCUGCGCAUCUGCCUCCGGGAGCUUGCCAACCCCCGCAGCACGUUUGCCAUGAUGCAGGGACAGAGGUUGAGCCAGAGUGGCCUCCCUCCUAUUGAAGAGGACACAGGCUCUGCCUCCAGCAGCUCACAGUGGAAGGACGAUGUGAAGGGACACUCAGCCUCAGAGGAUAGUGAGAAUGAAAAGAAGAGCCAGAGAAAGUCCAAGGCUGAAGAAAAAGAGCUGGAGGAAAAACGGAAACUGUACAAGGAGCAGCACGAGCUGAUGGAGGACAGAGGGUUGUCUUUCCUUGAUAGCAUCAGACAGGACGCAAGCAAGGCAUAAAGCAGGAAAGCAGGAGUGAAGGAAUGGAGGAGAGAAGGAGAAAGAAAAGAGUAAGGGGGGGGGGGGAAUGAAGGAGCAUAAAAAACCCUUCGAAUGUUCAGGACAAACAUUUGUUUGGCAUGUCCAUGAUAUUGUAAGGUGAUGACUACUGCAUCUCAUCAUAACGGUGAUUUCUUUUGUUUGUUGUGUUGUCAUCCCUCAUCGAUAUGUUCAUGUAUGGCAUUCUGCUGCCAUACCCUCAUACUGUUCAUGUAGAGCCUCCACCUGACUUAUCUGCUUUGCUUUGUCAGUAGGCCCAACAACUUACAACUUGUCUUACGAUGAGUGCACGAUUAACCCGCUUUGCACCAUUUGUCUCCGUCCUCUAUUUGUUUAACCAGUUUCCUCAUUGGCACCACCCCAGACCUAACUGCAAAACUUAACAUGAUCUUUGCGAAUGACAGAGACCCAUGUCUAAAAACAAGCUUUUACGUUUCGAGGUCUUGGUUUCCGGACGUCUGGGUAGAUCUGUUAUUUCCUCGGUCAAGUUUGUGACCCGAGUGCUGUUCAAAGAUGGUACUAUAUGGACACUGAUAUGUGUUUUUAUGCAAGUUCUUGUUUGUUAUAUUUGUUGUCAAACCAAUGAAGAUGUCCAUGUCUUACUGACUGUUGUUGGUCAGGUUGUUGUUAUUGAUGUUCCAGGCACAGAUUUUAUCUAAUAUUUAUAUAUAUAUAUUAUAUACUUAGAUUUUGUUGAUUUACUUUGAUAUAAUGGAUUGAUGUAUCUUUCUAUGUUUAAUGUGUACUGAAACUUAUGGGCUUAGUGGACAUAGACGUCUAAUCAGGAGCAGACCAAAGGCAAUGUUGUGACAAAUUUUGAAAGAUUAGCAAUGUCUAUAUUUCAAGUUUGCAUGUUGUUGCCUGUUUUUUAAAAGUUUCAGACAAAGAAGAAAAAGAGUUGAAAAAUCUGCCUGUAUAGCAAAGUUAUGUUGCUUAAAAAAAAACAAAAAAAACAGUUAGUCUCCAAGUGUUGCUGAAUGACCAGAAUGUGCAUCCUCAAAGAGUGAAGCCCACACCCUCUGUGGUUCUUUUGGCUCAUGGCAUGAGAAAGGUGUGGGAUUGCCAGAAGUCCCGUCAUUCAUCCAAUUAAACAUUUUCUCUUGGCCAAAUUGAUGCUUUAGAUUUUUCCCAGCUUUUAGUUUUUUGCUAUCUAUUAUUUAGCUUUGAUUUAAAAGAGGCAAGAUAGUUUAGGUUUUCUUCCGUCUUUCAUGUUUGAGACUGUCCAGUGUGUGCAUCUUCUGAUGUGGUAUCUUGUUGUGCCACACAAAUACUGUGAUAUUCUAGCCUUUUCUGAUUAUCUGGACAGUUCUGUUGCCCAUGUUCUCUGUAUAUUGUCUGCUUUCCCGCCAACCAAACAACACUUUGCCAAGCUGAUUUCUUCUCUUUACGUUGGGUUCAAACUCAGAAUGCUCGAGUUCCAGUGUAUGUUGUGCUGAAGAGGCUGUAUGCGUACCAUCUGUGCGUGGAGUUGGGGCCACACGUGUUUAAUUUUGCAAGGCAUUGUUGAAGUAUAAUAUCCCAGUGGGUUUGGAGAGCAGAAUGUAGGCUGGUGGUACUAUUAGUCUAGUAGUUAGGCUACUUGACUUGUGAGAUUACAGGUUUGGGGGUUCGACAUUGUGUCCCAGGGAAAGGCACUUUACACAAAUUUUGCCAUUUGAAUUUGGCUCAGUAUUAUUAAAACGGAUGUUAAAAUACAUAUGUCCUGCCUCAUAAAAGUAAGCUUACAGUGUUGCAAGGCGCAUUUUAAACUUGUACAAUUUUGCACAUUUAAGAAUGUCAGCUUAAAGACCAUAUUCUAGUAAUAUAGGACAAGUAUGGACUCGCCCCAUGUUUGAAUGCGAAGCUUCCUUGUGUUGGUAAAAUGCUUCAUCAACUGUCUCUAAGGUCCUUUACAAGGAGCUCCACCCCAACGCUUGUAUCGACAUGUUGCCGUUGACACUAUUGUACCGCACCCACUCUGGAGUCCACAUAUGAUAAUCUCAAACCGCUGAAAACUUCUCUUUCACCACAUAUGAGCGAGAGUCAUAAAGUCACAAACAUGCACUAGCAUUGAAAUUGUCUCCAAGUGGUGAUGCUAAAUCAUAUGCUAUUUAAAUAAAACCUCAAAGAUCUUCUUGCUUUUCAUUCAGUUUAUGAUAUGUGGACUCCAUUUUGGUUUUUCUCUGGGUUUUUGAUUCAUAAAUAAUUACAUGUAUUUUCUCAGAUUUUUUGCUACUGAAAUCAAGUCUGUUUACUUAAUAAGCAUGUAGGUUAAUUUUAUUAAAGUAAUAAAUCCUUGUGAUAAGCAGCCAA